UUUAUUAAGUUUUCAAAUCUUUAAAAUGAGCACCAAUAUGUUUAAUGUCCUCAACAUUUCAGAUGAUGAGGAUUCUAAAACUCAAUAGGCACAAUAAAAAACCCAAUAGCAACAGGCAAAGAAGAAUAAGUAAAAGCGUGAAUAGGAAUAAUUAAGAAAGAAAGCACUUAACAUAAAAAUCCAGCACCAAAACAAAAGGGUUCUAACAGCUGAUCCUCAUCCAAAGGACAGACAUUCUGGAACAGGAAUUGGAAAGGAACUUCGUAAAGAAGGUGGUGGAAGAAGAAAUUGGGGAAAUUAUAAAGACGAUUUAAAGUAGGAGAAAUACCAAGGUGCAAUUGAGGGAAAGGAGGCACAAUAAGAAUAAAAUACAGAAUAAUAAGCUGAAGAAUAAUAGCCAUAGGAAAAUGUACCAUAACCACCAGCAGAGAAGACAUUAGCAGAUUAUUAUCAAGCAAGAGGAGCGAAUGUUGAGGAUAUACUCAAAAAGUAGGAAUAGAAACCAUAGCCAGUAGUAAAGAUUGAUGAGGAGGCAUUGAAGAAGGAGAAAUUACAGGUGAUGAGAACAAGAGAAGAUGAGAAGAGAGAGAAGGAAUAGAAGGCAGCUAAAAAAUCAAGUGGUUAGUAAUAGGGAUACAGAAGUGAAAUGGAGUACAGAAGGAUAAUAAUAUUUUCGGAUUUACAAAUGAUACAAAAAGAAAUGACAGAAAUGACAGAAAUGAUAGAAAUGAUAGAAAUGACAGAAAUGACAGAAAUGAAAGGAAAGAUCAGAAUAACAAAGGAUAAAAGAAAUAAUAAUAACCAAAUAAUGGAGUUCAAUUCGAUGAUAAGGAUUUCCCAUCAUUAUGAAGUGAUCAUUCCAAACACAUAAAAAAGUGAGAAAUUUGGUAUAUAUAGUACAUAUAUCAAUUAUAAUUUCACUCUCUCUUCAUUAGUGAUUAGACUUCACUUAAUUUAUUAGAGACAGGCAAUCUAAGGUUCAUUUCUGACUUACUGUGUCUAAUAACUUCUUGUCUCGCAGUAUUUUAUGUUGAUCUGA